UUGUAUUAUUGAAACAAAAAAUGUGUAAGACUCAUGAUUUAAUUAAGCAAUAUACUGAGAAAGUGAGAGAAAAUGAUAAUUUAAAAGCAGAUUUGGAACUUGCUAAGAAAGAAACUAAGAAUAUAAUAUCUAAUUAUAAAUCUGCUAAGGAUAAAACAAAGGAAUUAGAACUUGAAAUCGCAGAAAAUAAACAGAAAACUGAAGAGUUGACUAAGAACAUAAAUGAAUAUAAGGUAGAUGUAGCUGCCAGUAAACAAACUAUACGACAACUACACUGUAAAAUAAAGUCAAUGGAAGAAGAACAUUCAAUUAAAAUUAUGGAAUAUAACUUGCAAAAUUCUUCUCUAAAAGAAAAAAUUAGAAGUUUAGAACAUGAAUUGAAAAAGCUUAAAAUGAAAUCUAUGAGAAGAGAAAAAGAAAUCAUUUGCACCGAUACUGCUGAACUGAAUAUAAAAACGAAGUCAACUUCAGAUGUUGGUAUCAACGUAACACCGAUACAAAUGCGUGAAAGUGCUAUUGAUGUAAAACCUGAGUUGCAAAAUAAAAGUAUUAUGACCGAUGAAUUUUACAGUAUGAAGGAUGAUCCGUAUCCAUUAUUUUGCAGCAAGUGUGAAGCUCGUUUGUCUCCAACUCUACUUCCUGAAAAAAUAUGCAAAACAAUGAGCACACAUCCGCAAUUAAUUGAAAAUAAUUUUCUUUUUUCACCAAUAAAAGCGUAUCGGCCAUCUUAUUUACUCAAUUCAAAUUCUACAAAUAAAAUUGAGAAUACUCGUUUCAAAAUAUCUAUGCCGUGCCUAAAUUCAUUUGAUUCAGAAAAUGUAAAAACAUUUCAGUCAGGAUAUCCGUCUACGGCAAUGUCAACUUCCGAAAAUGUCAAAUUGAAUAAUACAUGUGGUACUGUACGUUUGCCAGCUACCAAUUUAUCUGAUAAGUACAACUCGAACCCCGCGAUACUUGCUGCAUCUGAAUAUAUAAAUUUUACGAAAAAAGAUUUCCCCGAUGAUUUAGUGACUGAAGACUCUUUGGCUUUUAAAAAUGUAAAAAACCGAAUUGAAACGUUAGAGGAAGAAGUGAAGAAAUUGCGAAAAACAAAGAAAAGAUUAAAUACGAGUCUUUGUAGUCAUCGUCACGUUAUGAAUUGUAAUAAUGAUUCUAUGCUCAAUUCUCAUCUAGUUACCGCAAUUUGCAAAGGCAUAGCGGAAUAUUACAAUGAGAAAAGCGGUGCAAUAGUAUCGGCAAUGGAAAACCUGAAAAAUGUGCAUAAUGUUGACACGAAAGAGCGAUCGAACAUCAAAAGAAAGAAAAUGAAGGAAAAGAUAAAAAAGUUAUUCAAAAUGGACACGUGUAAUGAAGAUAAUUCUGAAAAUGUUUGUUAUCAAGUUGAGAAUAUUAACGAAGAGGAUAUAGUAGAUUCACUUUACGACAAGACCAAUAACGCUACGGAAGGGAAAAACAUUGCACAGUCCGAGUUUCCAUUACACGUAAAUACAAAUAAUUCAAUACCGGAUAAAAAUAUAUCCAGUCGUGCUACUGACACUUAUAAAACAGAAGAGAAAGCAAUAAAUAACGAGCUUCUUCCUAAAGGUAUUUCUUUUCAUUCAGCAGAAGCUGGCGAAGCAUUUGUUGAAGAUAUAUUGAUAACAUCACAUUUAGAUCAUAAGCUAUCACACUUACGUAAUGACGAACUGCAUACCAGCGAUAAUUUAUUUAACGAUAAUAACGUACAAUCUAUCGAUACGCGAGAGAAUAAUUUAACAACGACGGAGGUAUUAUCACUUGAAGAAGAAAACUUUGAUCGCGAUAUCGUUGAUACCGCGGAAGCAACAAAAAGAAGAAAGAAAAGCGGAGAAGUUCAAAAUAAAAGUAAUCGUUUAUUUAAAAAAAUUCGGAACUUAAAAAAAAAGACACGGGAAAAUACGUGCGUAAGGACGCAAAAAAACGUUGAAAUGUGCUCUGAUUAUAAUUCUGUACAAUCGGAAUUACGAAUCGAAGACGAGGACAAAAAUGAGGAGGGCUUGUCAGCUAAUAAUAUUACGGGUUUGAAGAGGAAGCUGAUCGUCACCGAACAUUGUAUAUCAACGAAAAAACCGAAAAUAGAGAAAGAAAGAGAAGAUGUGAUUGACAAUGCCUUGGUGAAAAAUAUCACAAGCUUAAAGAGCAAACUUAGCCAAGCUGAUUCAUCCAUUAAUGAAGAUAUCGAAAUUGAAACAGAUUUGAAUCAACAGAACAAAGAAUCAACAUUCAUGCAGUUUUUUCGCAAUGAUGUCGAAGAAUCUCAUACACCAAUGUCUCAAUUAAUUAGAUAUAUCGAUCAGAAAUCUACCAAACGUGAAAUGCGAAACACAAGAGGGUCUUUGAAGAAAAUAACACAUAUUCAUACAAUAGCAGAUAAGUUUGUACAGAAACAGUUGCAGAGACUUAUAAAUAGCGAUUGGGAUGAUUCUGUACAUUUUGAAGUAACAGACAAAUUGAAUACCACAUGCGGACCUCGUAUUAUAGCCAAAGGUGUAGUUACAUUUGUAUCAAAAUACACUGAAUUUCAUAAUGAAGUUCCGGAUAAAUCGUUCACUCCUCCAGCACCAUUAAUGAUGCCAUUUGAACAGAAGAUUAUAACGUUAUUGAACGAUUUGAAGGUGUUGAAACCCACAGUCAUUUAUUUUGUACAAAUGGCUAUUGAAUAUGCACUGUUUAAACAUAAUAGUGAUGAAAAGAUGCCAGCAAUUGAGUCGCUCACGCGAAUAUAUGUUGUUCUCGCACUUAUCCAAAAAGAUAGAGAAAAAGUACGCAUGAUGUGCUGUGAUUCUCUCUACUGCAUCUUGAGUAUCAAGUCAAUGACUAUUUUGUACACGAUAUUAACGUGCUGGUCAGAAGUUCUUCCGAAAGCUGAAACUAACAAAGAAAUUUUACCUAAGUGCAUAGCCUUUCUUAUCAAUGCGUCUAAUAUUACAAGUAAUACGGAUCCUCGGACUACAACUGUGAAGAAAUUAAAAGCAUUAAUAUCGAAAUAUUAUGAAUAUAAUCAUUUGGAAGUAAACAAUUUUGUUAAAGAACUUAUAACCAUUCUUCAAAAUAAACGUACGGAGGACUUGGACACAGCCAUUAUACUCGUUGCGAAAAGACAAGGGUCAUUUUGGGCAUACAAAAAUAUUAUUCAAUGUGAUUUAUUGCCAAUGAUCAUAGGUUCUAGACAUCCUUGUAUAUAUAGCGCGUUUUCUUUACUCGGAAGACUCUUACAUGCAUUUCCAUUAAAAGAUGACAAGAAAUUAGUGCAUGAAAUUAGUGAACAACUUCGUGACAUUAUUGAAUCUGGUUCCGAUGAUCAACAAGAAGGUGUUGUAUCUGCAUUACUCAGUCUUUCCAGACACAGAUUUGAUCUUGUUGCAUCGUCUGUGAUAAAAUGGACACCAAAUAGAUCUUUAAGACCGACUACAAUUAGACAAUUACAAGCAUUUCUAAGUCAGUAUGAACCAAGGUUUUGGAAAUUGUAUCUGCAAAAGAUGCACAUUAAAUCUAUCCAAACUACUACGUAAUACGUACUCCAACAUUAAAUUAUUAUAAUAUUUUGUAGUUAAUUUGUACAGAAACAAAAUGCCAUAUAUAUGUGA